AUGAUGCCAAAAUUUGCAUAUCUUGUGUUUUAGUAUAUUUUAAAGAUAAGUAUACUGAAUGCUCAAAUAAAUGUUUUACUUUUGUUGUUCCAGACACUUAAUUUAUAUUAUGUUAUGUAGGAAUAUAUUUCAAUAAUAAUUAUUGUUCACCUUAUCCUAAUACACGUACCAGUGAGAAUUUAUAAAAAUAUUCAUGCUUGUUCUAAAAGUUCUUAUUUGAAUAAAAAUUUUUGUUCAGUUUGUUCUAUUAAAUUUUAAGAAUGUGUAUAUUCAUCUACAAAAUUUACUAAUUGUUAUGAUGGUAAAUACGAAAGUGUACAAGUUAUAUUCCAGGUUAUGAAUUUUGCAAAUUAUGCAUGAAACCGUGCGACUACAUGAUCCUCCUUACAAUGCUAGAAUUAGUCCUUUUUGUUUAACUUUUUCUACUCAAGCCAAUUCUUGUGAUACUUGUCUAGAUUGAUAUUUUAUAUUUGAAGCUACUACUUUUGAUUUUUUUUACAGCUCACUGUUAUAAAUGA